AUGGAUAACGAUGCAGCGGAUGCGAUUGGGUUGCAGGAGGAAGUCGUGGAUGAGAUUCCUGAGAUUGAGAUGGAGCAGGGGGAGCUGAGUGAUACCGGCUCUGAUGCCUCUUUUACUCUGAAGGACCGACAAAAUGCCAUUAACAAAACCCACCCGUUCGGUAUCCGGAUCUGGAAACCCGCUAUCUACAAGAAAAUUCGUUCUGUCCAAGCCCGCGCCGAAGGCGACAUCCAUUCCGCCCCCGGUCUCCGUCACCGCUUCUCUAUCUUCAACAUCCUCUGGACUCUAUUUUUCGGAUGGUGGUUAGCUAUCAUCUGCAUGGUCGCAAGUAUUAGCUGCUACCUUCUCUGCUUCUCCCGCAGCGGCGUUCGGUACGGAAAAGUCUUUUGGGGAUUAGCCCGAUACCUCAUGUUCCCCUUUGGCCGCUUCGUCGAUCUCGAACCCGACGAGGCAUAUGCGGAAGAAGACGAGGGCGAGGGACAAUCUAUCUCCGAGUUCGAACGGUAUGGGUGGGAUAGGGAUAUCGAUGAUCUCGAGAAUGGACACCGAGAGCCGGGGGCGAGGAGUAUCAUUGGGAGACACAGGGAUUCGUUCGAGAGUACCUCUGAGACGGAUUCACUGUUGCGGGCACAUCGGAAUCGAAGGAGGAGGAGGAGUGAGGCGCAGGUUAGGGGGCAGAGGAGGAUGUUUGGGAGGGGCAAGUGGAGUUUGGGACGGAUUGUGUUUUAUCUUUGGUUUUACAUCUUGAUCGCUCCGCUUCUUCUGCUUGUGAGCAUGGUGUGUUGGAUGGGUGUGUUCACGAUUCCGAUGAGUAAGGUGACUUACCUUCUCUUUGCGCAUCUUCGUCGUCACCCGCUCUCGUUGUCAUUCCAUUCUGAUCUCGGCGAGGUGGGGAAACCGGGUUCGCCGUCUGCGUCGGUUCUCGUGUGUACGUACAAUGCGGUCGGGCUGGGAUACUACAAGUACACCGUCGACGGCACAAACAUCUUCUUCGUCAACCUCAUGUUCGUCGUCUUCUUCACCAUCGUCGACGACUACUUCAUCGGACCCUGGUCCGGACAUUCGACUUGGGUUUCCUCCCCUGCUGUCAUCUUCUCGUUGGCGUUGGUGAGUGUCAUCCCACUUGCGUAUUUUGUCGGGCAAGCUGUUGCUUCGAUUUCGGCACAGUCGUCAAUGGGGAUGGGUGCGGCGAUCAACGCGUUCUUCGGAUCUUUGGUGGAGAUUUUCUUGUAUUGCGUUGCGUUGAAUCAAGGAAAGGCGCAGAUUACAGAGGGAAGUAUCGUUGGGAGUGUGUUGGCUGGUGUUUUACUCAUGCCUGGAACUUCCAUGUGUGCUGGUGCGCUCAGGCGGAAGACACAACGAUUCAACGCCAAGUCGGCGGGAGUGACUUCGACGAUGUUACUGUUUGCCGUGGUAGCAGCCUUCGCACCAACCCUCUUCUACCAGAUUUACGGCACGUACGAACUCAAAUGCGGACCCUGCAAGCACAAAAACCUCGACUGCCAACGCUGUUUCUUCGAUCAAUCCGAUGCGCUCUCCGAUCCCUUCUACCAGCACUCCGUCAAGCCAUUCACGUACCUGUGUGCGGUCUGUCUAGUCUUGUCAUAUGCGAUUGGGUUGUGGUUCACGCUGCGUACACACGCGAAGCAGAUUUGGCAGAUGCCGAUUGAGGGCGAGAGGAGGGGUGAUCACAUGCGGGAUUCGAUUAUUACGCUGCCGCCGGCGCCGCAGGAUGGGGGUCAUUCCCAUGGUGACAGGCCACAUGCAACGAGGAGUACGUCGUUUAUCCGGGAUUCGGCGGUGUAUAAACGGGCUAUGCCGGCGAUUCAGUCGUUGUUGAGUCCGUAUCGGCAUGCGGUUGAGGGAGAUCUGUCUGGUGAUGCUUCCGGGAGUUCGCCUCGUGCGUCUGGUGAGGUUAACGGUGAACGGAGACCUUCGUUGAUUCAGGGAUUGAGUCCGGAGGAUAACUUGAAUCUUGCGAGGAAUGUUGCGGAGGUCGCUGCGACGGCCGCAGCGUUGACGAUUCAUACUCAGCAGCAGAGUGGGACGCAUCAUCGUCCUUCGCCUGCGCGACACCAAACUCGCCCGACGUCGUAUUCCUAUGGGAAUGCGUUGGACGAUUUCCCUGAGGAUGCGGAACCGGGACAUGGGGGGCACGAUGCACCUAACUGGUCGAAGACGAAGUCUGCGGUUAUCUUGUUGAGUGCGACAAUUCUCUAUGCCAUCAUUGCCGAGAUCCUCGUGGACACCGUUGAUGUUGUUCUCGAACACGUUCGGAUUGACGAGAAGUUCCUCGGGUUCACGCUCUUUGCGCUGGUACCGAACACGACAGAAUUCUUGAACGCAAUCUCCUUCGCCGUGAACGGCAACGCCGCCCUUUCAAUGGAAAUCGGCUCCGCGUACGCGCUCCAAGUCUGUCUCCUCCAAAUCCCGGCUCUCGUCGCCUACUCCGCCUUCACCAACUACGGCCGCAUAGAAUCCGCAUCAUCCACCUUUUCCCUGAUUUUCCCGCGCUGGGACUUGGUGUGUGUUAUCCUGAGUGUGUUUUUGUUGAGUUAUGUGCAUGGGGAGGGAAAGAGUAAUUAUUUCAAGGGGAGUAUUUUGGUGUUGGGGUAUGUUGUGAUGAGUUUUGGGUUUUAUGCUACGCCGAGUGAUGCGCAUUCGUAUGGGCCUUUUGAAAUUCUUAGGGGGCCUGCGAUACUCAUGCAAGGUGGUGGUGGUGAGCCGUAG